CAAGCGAACAAGUAUACAAAAAUAGACGUUGCUGAUAAGAACGAAAAAAAACCCUGAAAACCCAAAUGGGUUUUUGCGCAUAUUCCCAACGGCAACAAGCUAGAGAGAGGACAGUUUCCCAGAGAGAGAGAGAGGAGGCAGAUGUGAUCGUCUGCGGCGGGGGCGAGAGAAGAAGGCCACGGCGACGCAACAAUGAGCAACACCACCCCCGACACCUACCCGGAGAGCGUCGGCUCCUGCCGCCCUCCGACCCCUCCUGCUUCCCCUCCCCCUCAUCCGGCGCCGGCGGCGGCCCUCCGCGGCGCUCCGGUGAGGCGGCAGCUGGACUUCGCGGACGCCGACGCCGAUGCCGGCGCCGGCGCCGGUGGCGACCUGGACGACUACGACGACUUCGUUCUCAGCGCCGUGGAUGACAUUGAGCGGGGCUAUAACGAGGCCAAGCGACGCGCCCCGCCGUGCGUCUGCGGGCGCGGCGAUUGCGCGGUGCAGCGGGACAACAAGCGCAGCCGGUGGAUGUACGUCUGCUCAUCGCAGCCGAAGUGCAAACAUGUUGCCAUGUGUGAAGAAGUUGAUCAGAAUCCACAAUCACCGCCUGCUGUUAUGAGUGAUCCUAAACCAAGCAAUCCUUGUGCGUUCAGCAUUCCAAGGACUCCUGUGGAUGAUGCUAGAAUGCAAAUUAAUAAUGUUAGUCCCCAAGGUGCUGGUGCUACAACUCCAGUUAAUGUCAGUCCCCAGGCUGCUGUUGCUAGAACUCCAUUUAAUUACACGAAAGGUGUUGGCACUACGACUCCAGUUAAUGUCAGUCCCCAGGCUGCUGUUGCUACAACUCCAUUUAAGUACACUUCGAAAGGUGUUGGCGCUCUGACUCCAGUUCAUGUUAGUCCACAAGGUGCAGGCGCUAUGACUAAAGUUAAUGUCAGUCCUCAGGCUGCUUGUGCUACAACUCCAUUUAAUUACACUUCGAAAGGUGUUGGCGCUAUGACUCCAGUUCAUGUUAGUCCACUAGGUGCAGGCGCUAUGACUCCAGUUCAUGUUAGUCCACAAGGUGCAGGCACUGCAGCAGCAGUUAAAGCUAGUCCCCGAUGGCAUGGAUCUAAAGAUGGACAGCUAAUCUGCCAGUGUACAGCAGGGAAGUGCAAAAAAAUGAGAGUGGACAACGAAGACUGCUAUGUUUGUCCUAUACCCAAGGGACAAGGUGCAUGCAAUUUCAAGGUGCCAGUAACAGCUGUUAAAGGACCACCACAGAUCGGAGACUACAAUGUAAUGGAAGCCCAUGGGAACACUGCAGUUGGAAUAGGAGACAACAAUGCGAAUGGAUCAGCCAAUCCUGCUCAACCUAAUGACGAUGAGUGGCCAUUUGAAAUCAUCAACAAUGAAAUCGUGCCGACAGGUCAAGCAACGGUCCGUGCUGUAGUCCACCAGAACUCACCAGGCACGCCGCGCCAGCCGAUUGCCAUGGCGAGAACACCCGCGACAUCACCCAUGACGCCUUUUGGUAGCCGCCCCAGCCCCAUGACCCGGCGUCCAAACAACACCUGCUUCGAAUGUGGUGAGGAAGGGCACUGGAGGAAUUCCUGCCCUAAACGAUCUUCCCAAAAUAAUGGCUGUUUCCAUUGCGGCAUGGCCGGUCACUGGCAGGCCAGUUGUCCCAAGCGAAGAGGGUCUUAGAACCAUGUGGGUGAACUGAUGAUCUCCAUCUCAUGCUGAUUUGGGCUAUGUGCCUCAUAAGCAAUCAGGGCUCAGGAGGCAGUGCUAAUGUUCCUGCUUAGUAACCUUAAUCAGCUUUGGCAUGGUAGCUAGUAUAUAAUAAGGAGGGACAACUGUGAAAAGGGUCUGUAACUGGGCCCAUCAUCUGCCUAGUCUAGUUAAUUUAGUUAAUAACAGGUCGUGGUAUCUAUUGUACAUAUGCAGUAAGUACUACGUCUCUGAAUGGUUCCCUUCAAGAAUGCGAUGAACAGAACCACGACUCUGAAUGGUACCCUUCAAGAAUGGGAUGAACUGAGGACCAACUAAUUGUAAGGUGCAUCCUUGAAAAUCCCUGCUUGUUCUUUGCUUGUGUCCUGUCUGUGACCCCUCUUGCUUCACUAGCAACUGGUGUUUGUGUUGGAACUACUGAAUGGAGGGUUUUCUGGAGCAUAUGUGUUUCCAGCUCUUGGGCAA